UAUACGUCGAUUGUUGUCCAAUGAAGGAACAGAACGGGAAGAAAAUGACUACCCUAACAGGGCAUCUAGAGGUAGAGGAAGAGUUUUUGGAAUGACAAGACACAGCAUGGAUGACAGUGGACCCCCAACUAAGAGAAGAGCUGUUGGCGGAGCAUUCUCUAGGCUGGGACCGGUCCCUGUUCGCAGGAGGGACAGAGAAGACAGCCCAUAUGAAGAGGAACUACCCAAUAAGCUGUCUGUCCAUUCCUCCGUUGUGUCCACCUCUAGAGAGUCCAAAAAUAGAAAGGAAAUCAUGCAGGAACAAACCAAGGAUAAAGAGGGAAUGCAGAGAAAUAGACGAAUGUUUGGACUACUAUUAGGAACCCUAAACAAGUUCAGAACUGAGUCAAAGACUAUGGAAUCGAAGGAGUAUCAGAGAAAGAGAAUUGAAGAAAAGGUGGAGGAGAAUGCAGAGAAGGAGAAGAGGAAGUUCAAACAGGAGACCAAGCUUCUGAUUGAAGAGAUGCACCUGGAGCAGUCCAAGAUCUCACGUCUUCAGCAAAAAAUGGAAAUGGUUCAGGAGCAUGCAGAGCGGGCAGGAGAGGUUAAGAAACUGAAGAACUUCAUUGUGACCAAAACUCAGCCUAGGAUUUUCUGGAAACCCUUGCACAUGUCUGCAGCUUUAGAAAACAAACUGAAAGAGUCUAAGAAGUUUGUUGAUGGUAUGCUUCAGGAGAGCAAUGAUCGUCUAGAGAAAGAGAUAAAGGAACUCAUGGAGAGAGAGAACAAGCGUGAAGAGAGGAUCAAGAUGCGGCUCAGAGAGGAUGGUCUCUUAGAAGAUGGAGAUGGGAAGGGAGAGGUAGGGGAAGAUGAGGGGCAUAAUAAUGAAAGCAUGGGGGAGUCUGGGAGGGUUGUUGAAGUCAAAGAAGAGAUUGAUCAGCCGAACCCCGUGGCAGAGAGACUAGGCCAGGACCAUGAGGAGGAGAGGUUGGAUGCUGAGAUGGAUGAUUUGGGUGACUCCAGAAAAAAGUCCAGGAGGACAGUUGUCGUCGAGAGGGAGGUUAGUAGUGAUUCGGAAAGCGAAAUGGAGCAGGAGCACCAUGAAAGUGAGAAGUCGGAUGUAGAUAAGGAUCAUGCCGGCUCAGACAAGGAAACGGAAGGAAACACAAGUGGUAUUCAGCCUGGCUUAGAUGAACCAGCGGCAGGUAAGAAGGGUGGAGCAAAUGAGGAUCUUUCUGCGGAUGGACACAGAGAUGAUAAAGAACCUGGAAGCAGUGCAUCUGAAAGUGAGAGUAGUGACAGUGAAAGAGAGCUGGCCAGAGAGAGACAAAGACAUAAGGACAAAGAGGAGCAGAGAAAUAAGGACAGAGAGGAGCAGAAGAAUAAAGACAAAGAGGAGUGGAGAAAUAAGGACAAAGAGGAGCAGAGAAAUAAGGACAGAGAGGAGCAGAGAAAUAAGGACAAAGAGGAGCAGAGAAAUAAGGACAAAGAGGAGCAGAGAAAUAAGGACAAAGAGGAGCAGAGAAAUAAGGACAAAGAGGAGCAGAGAAAUAAAGACAGAAACCACAAGGAAAGUAGGAGGGACAGAAAAAGAGACAAGAAGGAGGACAGCGAAGAAAGGAAUACUGAGAGACACAGAAGAAGUGAAGAUAAGAGGCAUUCAAAGCGUGACUCUGGAGAUAAAGGAAAACGUGACUCUGGAGAUAAGGGAAGAUCAAGAAGGGAGAGUCAUGAAGAGAAGCGAGACAAAGACCGAAGGAGAGAUAGCCACGACGGUGGCAAGAAAUCCAGCAGCCAUCGUACAAAAGACAGGAAAAGAUAUAGUGAUAGCGAGGAAAGUGAUGUUGAAGUUAAACAAGAGAAAGACGUUGGCAAAAACAAAGAUACCUCUCAGUCAGAGUCAUCAAAUAGAGAUAGGGAUACUGUUCAGAGAAGACCAAAGGUCCUUGAUGAUGCUGAAGUGGAGAUUGAUUAA